UAUCGAAUUGUUCGCCGAUUUUCAGGUCAAAUUUAUAGCCCGCCCAAGUGUAGUGCGUUUAGAUAUGACUAAUCAUGAGAAUGAUUGUGGCGAAAUGCAUGAUGAGGAAGAGGACAAACCUGUCGAAAAGAUGAAAAAGCAUGAUAGUGGAUUAGCAGAUUUGGAGAAGGUCACGGAUUACGCUGAAGAGAAGGAAAUAGCGUCCGGUGAUAUUAAAGGGGCCAUCUCGGUGAUCUUGGAAAAGCGACGUUUGGAGACACAGAAGAAAGCUGCUUAUGAGCGUGAGCUUGCCAAAGUUCAGAUUAACAAAGAUGACGUUGAUGUCAUUAUGAAUGAAUACGAGCUUCCUCGAACGAAAGCUGAACGGUUCUUGCGUAUCCACCGUGGGGAUGUUGUCGAAGCCCUCACUAGUUUGUUGAAUAAUGACAUAAUUUCAUGAUCUCCUGUGUGUUGUUCUUGUGUACUGAAUCUGCAAUAAGAUUAUGGUGUUGUAAGAUGGACGUGGUAAUUCGAUGAUUUGUUCUUAAUAGCUGGACUAUUCGAUAGAGGUAUUUUCUCCUCUAGCUGUGAUGCAGCUUCCUCUCGAAUUCCCUUGCAGUUCUGGCUUCCGUUUUUUGUUUCAUCAGUCACUAGGGACGUCCUUCUUACAACGAAGCCGCAUCUUUUAACAA